AUGCUGGGCCAGCAUAUCGAAUCCCAAAAGCCGCUGCUUACACAUUGGCGUAUUGGUCAUCUUGCUUUGGCACUGACAAAAAUGGACGCGUCAAUCUGGAUUCCAAAAAGAGAUGAAGUGCACGAGGACGGGCAGAGGUUGAACAUGGAGGCUGGUUGGGUGGUGCUCGCUGCCGCCUUCGCGGCGGUCUUCGCCCAAAACAAUAGAAAUGAUGGUCCAAGGUUCAUAUCUCGGGGGCACUCCUUCAGAACUGUUGUAGGAGACACAUUACUUCUGCCAUGCCAAGUUCAAAAUUUAGGAUCACUCGUACUUCUCUGGAGACGAGGUCCAACAGUGCUAACUGCAGCCAGCCUCAUGGUCACAAGGGAUGAGAGGUUCCGACUGGUGGACGGUUACAAUCUGCAAAUAACUGAAGUUGGACCACAAGAUGCUGGGGACUACGUCUGUCAGAUCUCAGACAGAGUCCCGCGGGAUCAGGUCCACACUGUCGAAGUCUUAGUACCGCCAAGUGUGAGAGCGUCUCCGGAGUCAAAACACGCCGCAGCACGUCGUGGGGGCUCUGCUGUGCUCGAGUGCAGGGCGUCGGGGAAUCCCGUGCCGACUGUCACUUGGCAUAAACUGAACGAUUCCAGCACUCGUCUAGCAGAAGGGGCUCAACUACAGCUCUCUCGUCUAGAACGCCAACACAGCGGUAAAUACGUGUGCACUGUAGACAAUGGCGUCGGUCAGCCCAUAGUUACCGAGUUCCAGUUGCAAGUGCUUUAUCCGCCAGAAAUUAUGGUAGAGAGAUCGUGGGUUCACACCGGGGAAGGGUUUCGCGCUGAACUUCUAUGCACAGUACUCGCCGAUCCGCCUGCAGAGGUCCUAUGGUACCAAAACUCCUUCCCACUGAGCGCGUCAGAACGCGUCACAAUGUCAGUGCGAGGCAACAAUCACACGUUGCUAAUAGCUAAUGUACAGCCUGAAGACUUUGGAAACUAUACCUGUGUAGCCGACAACAGUCUAGGUCGUGCACGUCAACACGUAGAAGUGUCAGGCCGGCCGGGAGCUGCACGCUUCACUAGCCCGCCACUGGCACGUGCACCUCACUCCUAUACACUCGCUUUUGCUGUGGACAGCUAUCCUCCAUUGGAUGAGUUGAGACUGCUCUAUAGACAGUUGGCGAUAAACGAAUCCUACCAACAACCGGGGAGAUGGCACGACGUCGUAAUCCCUGCGCCUGCGCACGCUGCGUCCCUCACACACCGCGUAGCGCAUGAGCUGCGGGGUCUACAGCCGGGUGCCGUGUACGAGGCUAUAGUGCAGGCUAAGAAUAGAUAUGGCUGGAAUGAGGUGAGCGACAUAUUCCAGUUCCACACUCUCGGUGGAUCGCACUCCGCCCAUGCAGACGAGCUCUCACCCGUGGGAUUCGCGGCCGCGGGAUCCCGUUCUUUGGGCGUGGGAUGUAUCCUUAUAGCGCUAUACAUAUUAUGUGUGGGA